GCUCGACACGGACUCGCCGUGUUUACUUGGCUCUUUGUUCCUCCCCCCUCCCCCGGCACACAGUCACACUCAGACUCACUCGCACACGCACCCCUGCCUGCAAACUUGCACGGCUCGGGGCGCGCCGCCGGGUGGCCGCGGCCCCCGCCCCGCCCCGCGAGCUGCCCCGAUGAGGCGGCAGCCACAGAACGGCGACCUCAAGAAGCAGCUCCACGAAAGGCAGCCGCGGAUCGCCGCGCUCAACGACAAACAAGCUUUGGGAGCCAUCACUGCAGUGCCUGUCACGGGUCCUCAGGUCAGCUCCUUGCAGAGGUUGGCCGGGCAAGGAGCGGCAGUGCUACCUCAGGUUAGGCCAAAGACUCUGAUUCCAGACAGCCUCCCCGUCGCCCCAGGCCGGGACCGGCCACCCAAGCAGCCCCCGACCUUCCAGAAGGCCACCGUGGUCAGUAUCAAGAACCCCAGCCCAGCCCUCCCCACCGCCAACAACACCGUGAGCCAUGUGCCAGCACCCGGCAGCCAGCCCCAGGCCCUCGCUGAGCCCGCCGCCAUCGCCUCUCCCCUGAGCAGUGCCGGGGUGGCCUACGCCAUCCUCACCACCGCCCCCAGCAAUGCCGCCGCCAUGGCCCCCAGCACUGCCGUGUCUGUGGUCAGCGACAGCGUCAAGGUCCAGCCCCUCCUCAUCAGUGCCGACAAGAAGGUCAUCAUCAUCCAGCCUCAAGUGCAGACACAGCCUGAGAGCACGGCAGAGUCGCGGCCGCCCACGGAGGAGCCAUCUCAGGGAGCUCAGGCGACCAAAAAGAAGAAGGAGGACCGGCCCCCGAGCCAGGAGAACCCCGAGAAAAUCGCCUUCAUGGUAGCUCUAGGCCUGGUCACAACGGAACACUUGGAAGAAAUCCAGAGCAAACGCCAAGAGCGGAAGAGAAGAAGCACAGCUAAUCCUGCGUACAGUGGCCUCCUGGAGACGGAGAGGAAACGGCUGGCGUCCAACUAUCUCAACACCCCCCUGUUCCUCACAGCGAGAGCCAAUGAGGACCCCUGCUGGAAGAGUGAGAUCACCCAUGCUGAGCACUGUGCUGCCUGCAAGCGAGGGGCCAACCUGCAGCCUUGCGGCACCUGCCCGGGGGCCUACCACCUCAGCUGCCUGGACCCGCCCCUCAAGACGGCGCCCAAGGGCAUAUGGCGGUGCCCCAAGUGCCAGCAGAAGGCCUUAAAGAAAGAUGAUGGCGUGCCCUGGACCGGGAUGCUGGCCAUUGUGCACUCCUACGUCACCCACAAGACAGUCAAAGAAGAAGAGAAGCAGAAGCUGCUACAGAGAGGCAGCGAGCUACAGAGUGAGCACCAGCAGCUGGAGGAGCGGGACCGGCGCCUGGCCUCGGCAGUGAAGAAAUGCCUAGAGCUUAAGACGAGCCUACUGGCCCGGCAGAGGGGCACCCAGUCAUCCUUGGACCGCCUGCGGGCCCUCCUGAGACUGAUACAGGGCGAGCAGAUGCUGCAGGUCACCAUGACGACCACCAGCCCCGCCCCGCUGCUGGCCGGGCCCUGGACCAAGCCCCCAGCGGCAGCCAUGCGCUCUGCCCUCCAGCACCCCCAGGGGCACAACUGACCCUGCGGGACCCGCUUCACACCCACGGAAGGUUCCUGGGACCCUGCUCAGCAGACCUGAGGGUUCUGUCCGCCUUAAUUCAUAAACACUAUGAAUUUCAGAUGAAAAUAAAACCUGACCGAGAGAGACAGAGGAAAGAAGGGAGAAGGAACUGGGUGGAAGUCCUAGAGCCAGGACGGGUGGGGAUGGAGUCCUUUCCCUCCACAUU